GCCAGCACGCAGGGGUGUCAUGCCCGCCAUCCAUCCUUUUUAAAUAGGAACUUAACCUAAAUAAACAAACACACUGCCAAGCUUAAUCUCAAGCUCAUUCUUCCAUCAGCUGGAUCCUUGCAAUUGCUGCUCAUGAUAUAACCUCUUAAAUCACCCGCGUUCCAUCAUCGAUUAUCGAAAUUGGAGAUCUUCAAAGUCACCCUUUUUUGUGAUAUCGAUUACUUCGCUUCCACGCCCAGUCUCUCGUAUAACGGCCAGGAACUAGAGCUAUGGAUCCAUUCACGGCUCCAAUGUUUUGUAUUGUUUUGAUGGGUCCUCUAAACGCGUCUCACAUCCAGGCCUGCAUCAACAAAAAAAACACAACAGCUGAGCAUAUAUAUGCCAGUAUUGAGACGCGCUUUGGAAAGCUUGCAAGGAUGUCGUACGAAUUUCAACUUGGUCUUGGAUUUAGAUUCCUCCUUUGCAUCGAGGGUUCAAGUUAGUAUCACAUAAGUAUUGCAAGACUUGAAUCACACAUUCAUCAAGGUUCUCUCUCUAUUAUUACAUUUUAUUCCACGAGCUAUGUCACGAUUUUAACGGCCGACUAGUAAGGUCCUUUUGAGUUAGAGUUCUACCGGCGUUUAUUGUGUUAUCAAUCUGAUCUCACGAAUCAGCAUUCGCAGAGAGUUGCCUUGGUGUCAUUGGCCAGUUCAUUCAGAUCUACUUCUGUGCUACCUUACUUAUACCACGAAAUUUCACGUUCCCUAUGUGCCGAUGUCGACGGCGAAUUGAUUACAUCUCCACAUAGAGCAUUCAAGAAACAUUAGGCUUGUUCAUUCGUUGUAGAAAAGAAAUAGGGUACCUAUCCAUUGUGUCGUGAUCCUUAGGUACCGACUAUUAAGCUCAGCUCUCUGAGCAUAUUCGAGGAAAUAUCCCCACAAGAGGCAACAAUGUUUGGUGGGAUCUUCUCAAGUUGGGCAACGAAUAUUGUCCUUGGCAUGACGUCUCUUGUUGUAUUUCAGAAUAAAUUAUGGCUCGAUAAUGAAAGUCCAUCCCUCUUUCGGACUCACUACGAGCACAAGGAAUUCUCAUGUUAAGGAUUCCGAGGCUCGGGAACGUUUACUUAAAUCAUCGAGCAGUGUAUAAUUCUGCCCACGUUUCGCUAAAG